GAUUAACGCUUCCUCGGCCGUUUUCACAACCGUAGGAAAUGUGUCAUCCCGCCAAUGGCUAAGUAUGGCCGUUAGAGCUGCAGUAUGAUGAUGACCCAGAAAACGUCAAAGGAAUACAUAGAAAAUAAGGAUUGACUGGCUUUCAGUUUCACCUUUUGGGUGAAGGUUUAGGUGCCUCGACGCUCAAAGCACUGAGUAAACGAACCGGUUAGUUUUCACCCCAACAAGUCUAGCCUUAUCCCACCCGUGCAAAAAUACAUAGAAGAAGAUGCCAGCCGUGAACCGUCUAUCGGCGGCCGUUCUUGGCCAGGGAGAGUACCAACACCCGUCUGAGCCGAGUGUGAAUGCAGUCUACUCGGAGUGGACCGGUUAUUUGGCGAAAGCCACCACUCGAACCGAAGUGGCGCGUAGUUUGAAUACCUAUCCACGUCGUGAACUGUUAAGGCUACAAUAAAUGCAUCUUGAGAGGUAUGAAAGGAAGAAGUGCACUCACACUCAAAAAAGUAGGUCCUUUCCCCCAAUUUGUUGAGUGUGAGUGCACUUUUUCCUUUCAUAAGAGGCAUCUUGGUCCCUCUACCUAGUCUUCUCAAGGGAAAACCGGGGCCAGGAUGCUCACCAGGAUGGAUUUAUGUAAGUUCUAAGACCAGUACGUCCCAGCUAUGCAGGGGCUGUUCAAGUUUCCCAGAGUAAGAUGGACAUAGCAGAGAACUGCAUCGCGAUCGAUUACAAGCCACCGACGACCCCGGAAGCAAAAUUCUCCAUCACGGAUCAUUUGGGAAAUAGAGUUAUGACAUUGAAGACUGCAGAUGAUCCAGUAGAUCUCCUACACUUGUCUAAAUUUUGAACCUGUUGUGAGUAGAUACAAAAAAAAAGUGUUGUACUCAUGCACUUACACACACUAAAAAUUGUACAACUCCUUUUCAAAGAUGAAGGUAGAUACGAAAGAACAAAGAUGCCAUCCAGCUUCUAGUUCUUGCGCUACUUCUCUCUAACCUAGCCUAACGACCCUAACCUAACCUUUUGCGUUUCAUCUUCUAAUCCUCGCAAUUUCGAGGAAGCGGGGAAUCGCUUGCGGAAGCGAUACCGGCUACCUAUGGAACCCCUACCGCAACGUAGAGCGGAUUAUACAGAGGACCUGCAUCCACUAGAACUCUGUCCCGACACACAACAAGUGAAAGAUGCCAGUACGGGAGAGCGAGAACCUACUAGUCCUAGUGCGAGAGCAAGAACCUUUUUACGCCUGCCUGGUGCAUCAGAUGAGGAAGAAGACGACACUUUGUUCUUGGAUGUGAAAUAAUCCUUGGAUACCCUCGACCUGCUUGGUCGUAUUAGAGCUAGAAGAUGUCGCUCGACAUUAGUCUCUCACUCUCUCACCGAUCUAACCGCCUAGGUUUACUGGUUCUAUCCUCCUCCGGCAUAGAACACUCCACGCUAUUCAAACUAGUGCACUAGCACUUGUGCAAAUUUUCUAGGCAUAGCCUUACAAUGAUAGUUCAAUCCCUGAAACUAAAGCCUAAAGCUGUUUGUGGAGAAUCAUAUGAUGAAGGUUCCAAAUCCUCAAUUGGAGGCCCAUUCUGUCAAGUGUUCGAGUCUCGUUUGCCAUCGAUUCGAGCGACCCCUUUUUUCACUCGUGUCGACGUAAUAUCUAACGAUUUGCGAAACGACUGCCAUUUACUCACUUUGCCAUACAACAGAUGCAACAGCUGCAACUGCAGCUCGGGCAAAUGCAAUGAAUACCGCACUCAUCUACAACAGAAGUAGGAACUUUGGCGGGUGGUGGUUCUCCGAUAAACAGGAGUGCAGGCCAUCUCAUUAUCCAACAACAGCAAGCACACGCAUUGCCCAAGGAGGAUCGCUUGAGACCUAAUCGUUACCGUUUUCGUCGAGAUAUCAACGAUUUCGAAACACGACUCUUCGGAGACGGUCUUUUCGUUGUAUCUUCUCAUGGACAUGGAGGAGGAACCUCAACAGGGGCAGGAGGAGCGCCUGGAGGGGCUUCCGGACGAGCGUCAGUGGAGGUAGACAGACAUGGCUGAGAAAAAAAUGAACACAAUAAGAAAAAUUUCAAAAAUACAAUUUUUUGACAUAGAGGGAAGAAGAAUUUGUUAGCAUCUUCGAGGAAAGGAAUCAGUUGAACUCGAAAAAUCGGUGUCACCGCAGUGUCGCUGCAGAAGAUCUUUUCCACUCGGUUAUUUCAGUAUUGUUUCUCAAUUAUACAACAGCACGACUGCCCUUGAUUGUUAGUUCGAUAACUUAACUUGUUCCUUCUAGUACAUCCACAUCCACUUACAACAUUCAGAUAGUUGAAGGAUUCGCUGUCGUGGGUACAACAUCGUUAAGGACUAGUACUGUCAUUUUUUUAUACUACUUGGAUUAGUAUCACCUUCUGGCGUCCCCCGCCAAUGCUCUCGUUAAUAGUAGAGAGGAUUACUGCCACCUAGUACACCUUCACCCAAUUUACCUAACAACUAUACCCCUAAGGCCUAAGCCCACAAGCAGAAGACUGACAUUAUAGUAUACUAUAAUACUGCUCAAAGUCCUAAGAAAGGAGCCGAUUAAUUUCCCUUCGACUUAAUCCCUUUGUCCAAUCCUUAGAUAUACUUUGCCUAACGCGUCGUUGUGCUUCAGAUUCCGCCUCCUGGCCGUCGGUCGGUCUGUUGAUAACCGUCCAUGCUUUUCCUAAUAAUUAUAACCCUGAAAUAUCCUAACCCUACGAGUACUCUUCAGCUUAUAUUUCUGAACAACAACUAUAUUACCACGAACGACCCUACAACAACAAGAAGGAGCUUAUUGACAUUAUAAAUUGAGCUCAUUGGCAUUCAAAAUCUAUACUGCUUAUAAGUUAGUAUAAGACUUGGAACAGUAUUUUCGAAGAUGAAAAGAUUGACCACUGACCCUCUUCGCUCAUGUCCUGAAAGGCAUCGAUCUACAGAGUCAAAGCCGGAGUUGGUCUUGUAUUGAGGUCAGCUUUUAUCCAUCUAGAAGGAAUGGGUAGAAAGCCCGAGACCCUUAGGGAGAGCAGAAGGAAAAAGUAAUUUGGAUAUUAAAUUGAGAAGGAGGAAAUGCGAUUCAGAUACCGAUAUCCAUGUUUUUUCAAGUCAGACGUGGCGCUAUUGCCUCUUACCUAAAAAAGCCCGAGG